AAGUCCUUCCUUAGAUCCUAGAUUCUCGGUCUAUGAGAAAUUGAGGGCCUAAAGCCGUUACAUAGUUCCUCUUAGCCGCUUGGGAGGCUUGGUGUAUCGCUCGGCUAUAUCAGUGCGAAACUUUCCAGUGAGGGAGAGGGGGAAAAUUUAGCUGGGAGUGCAUGACGGGAAUUUCAUCAAUGAAAGGGGCACGACAAUAAGGCACCGCUACAGACGCAAUCAUUCAUAUUCGUUAAUACAAGCAACCAGUCAAUCAUCCCACCACUCGCCAAAUCACUGCCAUUGCUUUCUUAGUACCCGGGAGCCAGUCUUUGUAUCACAUUCGUUACGUUGAAAACCAAAGGCAAAUUAUCUCCAUCGUCCAGCGCUGUGAGACCUAACGACCUAGAAACACGAUUUAACCCACAAAAUGAGUUCAAUUGCCUUGAAAUUAACUUCGUUACUUGUUAAAACCGUGGCUAAACCCAUGGCCAACGCCAUAAAGCGACAAGCCAAAGAACACGAGACAUUUAGAAACAUAUGUAUUAGAAUGGCCCAAACUUUACAUUCUGGUGAAUUAAGAUUGAGAAUGUCCCUUCUUGGAGAAAAGAAAAUCAGAGUGAGACCGUUGAAUGACACUAAGGCCAUUGAACAAGGUGCUAAUUUUAUUUCGGAAUUUUUCAUAUUUAGUGUGGCGGGGUCAUUAAUCUUUUAUGAAAGUUAUAGAAGCAGAAAGAAGGCCAGCGAGGCCCGUGAAUCCUUGGCUGAUGAUAUAUCGGUUUUACAAAGUGAAAUUGAAUACAUCAAGACGAAACUUGGGGAUAUCAAUAUCAAAUUGGAUGAUUACGUCGUUCCGGAUGGUACAAUUAUUCCUGGAAAUAUACCUAGGACAUAACGAGUCGAAGAAACUAAAAGUAAUCAUACAUCCCUUUGCAAAUUCAACAUUUCAAAGGUUGAACUCAAUUCAUUCACUCUUACUUUUGCUUCUUCUUUUCUACUUUUAACAACAAAGCCUUAUUGAUGUGUGUUAAUCAAAUUAUCCAAUUCUUCAUCACCUCUAAUGGCCAAUUGCAAAUGUCUAGGAGUAAUUCUCUUGACUUUCAAAUCCUUAGCAGCAUUACCGGCCAAUUCCAAUACUUCUGCAGUCAAAUAUUCCAACACGGCAGUCAAGUAAAUUGCAGCUUUUGAACCUACUCUAAUCUUAUUUUGAGCAUUCUUCUUCAAGUAUCUCUUGACUCUACCCACUGGGAAUUGUAACCCAGCUCUUGCAGAAUGUGAUGUGGAUGAUCUAGCAAUCUCAGAAGAUUUACCUUUACCACCAUGAACUUUUCCUUUACCAGACAUUUUCGAAUUAAAUUUGUAUGGAUUAU